AUGUCCUUCUUAAGGAAAGCUAUGUCACAAUGUUGUCAUAAUUAUGGUGGCGAGGAAGUGCAAAACAAAGAUAAUUGUGAGCAAGUAGCCAACAUAUUGUCCCAGUUAUUAAAAUCUACAAAAUAUGCUGGACUGGUUUACUAUGAGGAAAAAGGCGUAGAGGAUUUAGUGAGAUUCACUGCAGCUAAAAAAUUAGAAGCACUCAUUCAAUUCAUUGAGCGGAAACAUUCUCAGGCUGAGAUUGGACCAGAUAUUUCUUUUAGUUUUAAGAUUCCUUAUGAUUAUAUUGAAUUAAACUUUACUGCACAACAAGAUGAACCAUUCAAUGGAUGGACAGUUAAACCUCACACUAAACCUAGCAGGUUAUAUCAAGAGGCUGUCGAUAAAUUUGGUGAUAAAGAAUGUCAUCCUUCAUCCUGCCUUUUAUCCAUUUAUGGAUCACCUGAUGCUGUCCCUUUUCUGAACUACUCUGUACCUCUAGUAGGCGUGGUUCAUCCUGUUACAUUAAUCAUUCAUAGAGCACGGAGAAAUCUCGCUGUUCCGGUUUAUCCAACAAAUCCUGCUACCUCCUCCUCUAAUACAAUUACUGAAGUUACUGCAGUAUCAUCCAAUGGAAGAGCUAGCGUAUCGGCUACUGUUGAUGUUGAUAAAGUUAAGAAAGCAAUCAAUGGUGUUCUUGUAUCUCAUUAUGCUACACUGAAUUCUCUACCUAAGAAAUCUUUUAUUGGUCUUGUUAAUCAGUUAUAUUCAGCUGACCUCAUUAGUAAUGAAGUUAAAGAAGAUCCUUCAAUGAAGGAGUGCAUUGAUGAGUUCAUGGCUAGUCUUAGUUUUAAGAGGAGCUUGCCUAAAGUGCAGGAGCACUGUCAAAAGUUCUUGAAGUCAUUCAUUGCUGUAAGAGGCAGUUGUGUUGAUGCAGCUAAAGCUUUAGGUGAGGACUGGAUUAAAGCUAUUAAUGAACUGGGAUUUGAUUUUUGUAUUGAUAUUGAUGCUUAAUUGCUGUUGAUACUUAAUUGCUGUUGAUACUUAGUUGAUCCUGUUUUGUUUAACUUGUGAAAUUAAAUAAA